AUGGCAAGCCAGCCUUAUAAGACCCCCCCGAGCAACCGUCUCACCGUCUCCUCGCUCCUCUCUCCCCCGGAAAUGAAGCGCUCAGAAUCGUUUAGCUCAACAAUUCGCUCCUCAAUCUCUGGCACGCCCUUCUCGUCAUUCAACUCGGAACAGCCCAACCCAACGAUGGGCGAGCACCUUGCGCCAUUCCAGGCAACACCCUCUUUAAGCCGUGAAGCGUACGCCUCGCCCCCAAUUUCGCCAUUCGACACACAAUCGCAGAAGGAAAACAUGGAUUGUUCAGACGACGGCGGAAUGCGCGACCCGCAACUCUUCGUCCCGAUCGACUCGACGAACCCAAUUGCGCCCGACGAGCCCCUCUUUCCCCCUGAGCACGCCGACCCUGUCGCACAAAGUGUCAUCGCUCAGCAUAUGAAAUCGCCCGAAUUUGCCAGUCUGCCCAGCAAGCCCGCCCGCGAGGACUACGAACUGGCCGUCAGCUUCGUCUCGACCGUCUUCCAGUCGUACAACAAGAAUCCACGCGCGUGGUAUCUCCAGGAGCGCGAGUUCGACCAGCGAUACGGUCGACCGAGUGGUGUUCAGAAGCGACCUGCCCUGAAGAAGUUGGCGCCUGCUCCAUCGUCGGCAUCCCGAAAGCAGAAGGUGGCGCUCCCACGACUUCCCCGCGCUCCUCGUGCCCCGAAGAGGACUCCUGUGAGCCGCGUCUACGAUUCCUUCGACCACUUUCCAUUGUCGGUGUCGCCGAAAGCCCCGAGGCCGGCCACCAAUCGCGAUGACACUGACUACAACUCUCUGCCCGACUUUUCGCCGCCCAUCGACACCCUGCCCAAGGGUAACAGCAAGGUGCUGAAGGCCGACUGGAAAGGCCAGGUGCUCGACCUCUCCAAUGACCCUGACCGACACCUACUGCACGAGGCUGAACUCAAUCUCGCCUCCACCCUCCGUCUUACAUGCGCUACCUACCUGUGCAGUAAGCGGCGAAUCUUCCAGGCUCGCAUCGAAGCUCUUCGAAUCGGCAAGGAGUUCCGCAAGACCGACGCCCAGCAAGCCUGCAAGAUCGACGUCAACAAGGCUAGCAAGCUGUGGCAAGCCUACGAAAAGGUCGGCUGGUUCAAGCCAGAGUUCUUCCGUAAUUACGUCUAA